AAACGGCGCAGCCGUGACGUCACUUCCUGUCGCCGGCGCGCACGUGGGAGGAAGUGCUAGUGCCCGCGGUUGCCGCUGCUGCUUGUGUCUCUGGUUACGUUCGUCCGCGGGUCGGGCGGCCGCCUCCGAGCUGGGCAGCUGCUAUGGGAGUCCCGGCUUUCUUUCGCUGGCUCAGCCGCAAGUACCCGUCCAUCAUUGUCAACUGCGUGGAAGAAAAGCCAAAAGAAUGCAAUGGUGUCAAGAUUCCUGUUGAUGCCAGUAAACCAAAUCCAAAUGAUGUGGAGUUUGAUAAUCUCUAUUUGGAUAUGAAUGGAAUCAUCCAUCCCUGUACUCAUCCUGAAGACAAGCCAGCCCCGAAAAAUGAGGAUGAAAUGAUGGUUGCAAUUUUUGAGUACAUUGACAGGCUUUUCAAUAUUGUGAGACCAAGACGACUUCUUUAUAUGGCAAUAGAUGGAGUGGCACCGCGUGCUAAAAUGAACCAGCAGCGUUCCAGGAGGUUCAGAGCAUCAAAAGAAGGAAUGGAAGCAGCAGUGGAGAAGCAGCGAGUCAGGGAAGAAAUACUGUCAAAAGGUGGCUUCCUUCCUCCAGAAGAAAUAAAAGAAAGAUUUGACAGCAACUGUAUUACACCAGGAACUGAGUUCAUGGACAAUCUUGCUAAAUGCCUUCGCUAUUACAUAGCUGAUCGUUUAAAUAAUGACCCUGGGUGGAAAAACUUGACAGUUAUUUUAUCUGAUGCUAGUGCUCCUGGUGAAGGAGAACACAAAAUCAUGGAUUAUAUUAGACGACAAAGAGCCCAGCCUAACCAUGACCCAAACACUCAUCAUUGCUUAUGUGGAGCAGAUGCUGAUCUCAUUAUGCUCGGCCUUGCUACACACGAACCCAACUUUACCAUCAUUAGAGAAGAAUUCAAACCAAACAAACCCAAACCAUGUGGUCUUUGUAAUCAGUUUGGACAUGAGAUCAAGGACUGUGAAGGUUUGCCAAGAGAAAAGAAGGGAAAGCAUGAUGAACUUGCAGAUAGUCUUCCUUGUGCAGAAGGAGAAUUUAUCUUCCUUCGUCUUAAUGUUCUUCGUGAGUAUUUGGAAAGAGAGCUCACCAUGGCCAGCCUACCAUUCACAUUUGAUGUCGAGAGGAGCAUUGAUGACUGGGUCUUCAUGUGCUUCUUUGUGGGAAAUGACUUCCUUCCUCACCUGCCAUCAUUAGAAAUUAGGGAAGGUGCAAUUGACCGUUUGGUUAACAUAUACAAAAAUGUGGUACACAAAACUGGGGGUUACCUUACAGAAAGUGGUUAUGUCAAUCUGCAAAGAGUACAGAUGAUCAUGUUAGCAGUUGGUGAAGUUGAGGAUAGCAUUUUUAAAAAGAGAAAAGAUGAUGAGGACAGUUUUAGAAGACGACAGAAAGAAAAAAGAAAGAGAAUGAAGAGAGAUCAACCAGCUUUCUCUCCUGGUGGAAUAUUAACCCCACAUGCCUUGGGUUCAAGAAAUUCACCAGGUUCUCAAGUAGCCAGUAAUCCAAGACAAGCAGCCUAUGAAAUGAGGAUGCAGAAUAACUCUAGUCCUUCAGUGUCUCCUAAUACAAGUUUCACUUCUGAUGGCUCCCCAUCUCCGAUAGGAGGAAUUAAGCGAAAAGCAGAAGACAGUGACAGUGAACCUGAGCCAGAGGAUAAUGUCAGGCUAUGGGAAGCUGGUUGGAAACAGCGGUACUACAAGAACAAAUUUGAUGUUGAUGCAGCUGAUGAGAAAUUCCGUCGUAAAGUUGUACAGUCUUACGUUGAGGGGCUCUGCUGGGUUCUUCGAUAUUAUUACCAGGGCUGUGCUUCCUGGAAAUGGUAUUAUCCAUUCCAUUAUGCACCAUUUGCUUCAGACUUUGAAGGAAUUGCAGACAUGCCAUCUGAUUUUGAGAAGGGCACUAAACCGUUUAAACCACUGGAACAACUUAUGGGAGUUUUUCCAGCUGCAAGUGGUAACUUUCUACCUCCAUCAUGGCGGAAGCUCAUGAGUGAUCCCGAUUCUAGUAUAAUUGACUUCUACCCUGAAGAUUUUGCUAUUGAUUUGAAUGGGAAGAAAUAUGCAUGGCAAGGUGUUGCUCUGUUGCCUUUUGUGGAUGAGCGAAGGCUGCGAGCUGCUCUAGAAGAGGUGUACCCAGACCUCACUCCAGAAGAGACUAAAAGAAACAGUCUUGGAGGCGAUGUCUUAUUUGUGGGGAAACAUCACCCACUUCACGACUUCAUUUUGGAGCUCUAUCAGACAGGUUCCACAGAGCCAGUGGAUGUACCUCCUGAACUAUGUCAUGGAAUGCAAGGAAAAUUUUCUUUGGAUGAAGAAGCCGUUCUUCCAGAUCAAAUAGUAUGUUCUCCUGUCCCCAUGUUACGAGAUCUGGCACAGAACACUGCAAUCAGUAUUAAUUUUAAAGACCCACAGUUUGCUGAAGACUACAUUUUUAAAGCUGUAAUGCUUCCAGGAGCAAGAAAACCAGCACCAGUACUGAAACCAAGUGACUGGGAAAAGUCCAGCAAUGGACGGCAGUGGAAGCCCCAGCUUGGCUUCAGUCGGGACCGGCGGCCUGUCCAUCUAGAUCAGGCUGCAUUCAGGACUUUGGGCCAUGUUAUGCCAAGGGGCUCAGGGGCUGGCGUUUACGGCAAUGCUGCACCACCACCUGCGACCUAUCAGGGAAACUUAUACAGGCCACUGUUGAGAGGACAAGCCCAGAUCCCAAAACUCAUGUCAAAUAUGAGGCCCCAGGAUUCCUGGCGGGGUCCUCCUCCCCUUUUCCAGCAGCAAAGAUUUGACAGAGGCGUUGGGGCUGAACCUCUGCUGCCAUGGAACCGGAUGCUCCAAACCCAAAAUGCAGCCUUCCAGCCAAACCAGUACCAGAUGCUAGCUGGACCCGGCGGGUAUCCACCCAGACGUGAUGAUCGUGGAGGGAGACAGGGAUAUCCCAGAGAAGGAAGGAAAUACCCUUUGCCACCACCCUCAGGAAGAUACAGUUGGAAUUAGGCUUUUGUAAAGCUUUCCCAAAUCCUUUCAUCGUUCUACAAUUUUAUGCUAUUUGUGGAAAGAUUUCUUUCUCAAGUAGUAGUUUUUAAUAAAACUACAGUACUUUGUGUAUUUCUUUUAACUGUGUAUAUUUCUACUGAUCUGAUCUCACUGUUUAUGUUGCUUUCCAAAGAUGUGUGUUGCAUAAUACAGUGGAUCUGAAUUUAUUAUUGCUUGUAAAACACAUUUGAUGGAAUAGGAAUACUGGUUUUUCAUUAUGGUUAAAAAUCAAACCAGCUGUGGAUUUUAAAACACAGUGUAUUCUAGAUCAUCUGAGAUCCAUGCUGAUUUUUAAUGCACAAGAAUUAGGUAUGAACUCUUGAGUUGGAAUCCUCAGCCAACUAGAGUAUAUAUUGUUCAGUAUUUCUUUGGAAACAUUUCAUUAAUGUACUUGUCUUAUGAAAAUUUCUGAACUUUAGUAAAAAAAAAAAAA